GUGCAGCCAAUCACAGGCAGGACGACGGGCGCGCGCACGCUCCCUCGAGUUUAACGGUCGCGAGAGGCCGCUCGCCUGACGCUGACAUCCACUGUGGGAGCCCCGGCCAGACUCUCUUGGGAGCUUAGGAUAUUUCCCAGUUCUGAAUGUUAGCCACUGAAAAUGCCUGUAGACGAUGAAGCAUCUGAAGAUGACUCGGAUUCAGUUUCUUCAAACAUUGAAAGAACCUACAUUUUCAAAUAAGAGAGUGUAACGAUUUCUAUACACUAUGGAAGAUUUUGAUUUGGUGAAACCCUUACGGAAAACUUCAUCUUCUGUAGAAUCUGAUAUAAAAAAUUCUCCCCAUUCUUUUGGACUGAACUUAAAUAUUAAUAGAAGUAGUCCCCACCUUAGUACAAAUGGGGUAUCCUCUUUCUCAGGGAAGACCAGACCAUCUGUAAUUCAAGGUACAGUUGAAGUCCUAACCUCUUUAAUGCAAGAGCUACAAAACAGUGGAAGGACUGAUUCGGAACUUUGGAAAAACUGUGAGACCAGGUGGUUACAACUAUUCAGUUUGGUGGAAAAACAAUGCCAAGAGCAAAUAGCCGCUCAGCAGGAGCAGUUCCACAACCAAAUUCAACGUAUACAGGAGGAGAUAAAAAAUUUAGUCAAGUUACAGACCAGUAAUGCUUCCUGGGCUUCCUAUGAUACUUCUUUAAGUAAACAGUUAUCUUCAGGAAGUCAAAUGGGUUUUUUUUCUGAAAACAGUGAGAGAAAUGAACCUAUUAUCAGUUAUCCUAAGUCUGAAGAACCAGAAAUGCAGCAAGAAACAUCCACAUCACAACCAGACUGCAAUGUGGACAGUAGCUCAGUGAGCAGUGGGUAUGGUACCUUUUGUGUCUCCGAAUUAAAUGCCUACAAAUCUAAGGACCCUCGGGAGUUCAUGGAGCACACAGAGGUUUCUGAGGGACAGUUUGGAGCAUCUUUGGGGCAGAUGGAGUCACUUGCAGAGGGUGUAAAAAACAAGAAUUUUCGUAUACAUACCACUGAAGAGUUUUGUGCAUCUUUAAAAGAAGAUAUUUCCAUUUUUCCUGGUGAAUUUGAACACAAUUUUCUUGGUGAAAAUAAGGUUUCAGAAGUAUACAGUGGAAAAACGAAUAGUAAGUCUGUAACAUCAUGGGCACAAAAGCUGAAGCAGAACCAACCAAAGCGAGCACUUACAGAGGAGGGGUGUUCAAAAUCUAUGCAAGGAAAUGAGCAAGCCAAGAAAUCACCAGUUGAGAAACCUGAUUUCACUGCUGCUAAGCACCCUCAUGCUUUUUACCUCAAUAAACCAGAUGAGAGUCCAAAUUCUUGGAUGUCUGAUUCAGGAACAGGCCCGACUUACUGGAAGCUGGAGGAGAAGGACAUGUAUCACUCUUUGCCUGAGACUUUAGAGAAGGCAUUUGCACCAUCCUCUGGAGAUAGGUCACCAGGCCAGUCUAAUACUAGUAAUGAGAUGAAGCUACCAUCACUGAAGGAUAUUUAUCAUAAAAAACAAAGGGAAAACAAGCAGUUACCUGAGAGGAAUCUCACUUCUGCUUCCAACCCAAAUCAUCCACCAGAGGUACUGACUCUGGAUCCAACGUUACACAUGAAGCCAAAUCAGAUUUCAGGAAUUCAGCCGCAAGGCUUUUUGAAUGCCCUUGAUGACAGAAUGUCCUUUUCACCAGACUCUGUUCUAGACCCCAGUAUGUCUAGUCACUCUGACAUAGACUCAUUUUCACAAGCAAGUAAUAUCGCUUCUCAGUCAUCUGGAUUCCCCAAGUAUCCUGCAAACACAAAAGCUUCCCCAGUGGACUCUUGGCAAAAUCAUGGCUUCCCAAACGAAAGUAGGAGCAGUUCCACGUUUCCUUCGGUGGCUACCACUGCUAGUAAUGACAUCUCGGUCAACACUGUAGAUGAAGAAAACACGGUCGUGGUAACUUCAGCCUCAGCCAGUCAGUCCCAGCUUCCAGGGACAGCCAACAGUGUCCCAGAAUGCAUUUCGCUGACUCCUCUGGAAGAUCCUGUAAUACUGUCAAAGAUUCGGCAGAACCUGAAGGAGAAGCACGCUCGACACGUAGCCGAUCUUCGAGCUUAUUAUGAGUCAGAAAUAAAUAGUCUGAAACAGAAACUGGAGGCAAAGGAGAUUUCUGCAGUUGAAGAUUGGAAGAAAACCAAUCAAAUUCUUGUAGACAGAUGUGGCCAAUUAGAUAGUGCUCUAAAUGAAGCAACUAGUCGUGUGAGAACACUUGAAAAUAAGAAUAACUUGCUGGAAAUAGAAGUUAGUGAUUUUAGAGAACGCUUCAAUGCAGCCAGCAGUGCUUCCAAAAUUUUGCAGGAACGGAUUGAGGAAAUGAGAACAAGUAACAAAGAAAAAGACAAUACCAUCAUUCGACUAAAAUCUCGACUGCAGGAUUUAGAAGAAGCAUUUGAGAAUGCUUACAAACUCUCAGAUGAUAAAGAAGCAAGACUGAAACAAGAAAACAAAAUGUUUCAAGAUCUCUUAGGAGAGUAUGAGUCCCUUGGAAAAGAACACGAAAGAGUAAAGGAUACAUUAAAUACAACCGAGAACAAAUUGCUUGAUGCACAUACUCAGAUUUCUGAUUUGAAAAGAACAAUUUCAAAACUUGAAGCUCAGGUCAAGCAAGUAGAGCAUGAAAAUAUGUUAAGUCUUCGUCAUAAUUCUAGAACUCCUGUGAGACCCUCACGUGCCAACACGCUGGCCACCUCCGACGUCAGCAGACGCAAGUGGCUGAUACCAGGCGCGGAGUAUUCCAUCUUUACUGGCCAGCCUUUGGACACCCAGGAUAAUAGAGUGAAUAACCAGCUGGUGGAAACCUGUGUUCCCGGGUACCAUUCUCCUCCGGAAAAGGAUUCUUCAUUUGGAAGUUCACCAAGAAGCGUAUUGAUAAAGAAACAGAGAGAGAUUUCAGAUACACCAAUCAUGAAAGCUUUAAAAGAGCUUGAUGAAGGAAAAAUAUUGAAAAGUUGGGGCACACAGACAGAGAAAGAGGACACCUCAAAUAAAUUAGUGAAUCCUCGGCAAACCGAAACGUCUGUCAGUGCAAGUCGGUCCCCAGAGAAAUGUGCCCAACAAAGACAGAAGAGGUUUAACUCUGCUUCGCAGAGAUCCUCGUCUUUACCACCUUCGACUCGUAAAUCAAGUACUCCAACAAAAAGAGAGAUUAUGUUAACACCAGUGACUGUGGCUUAUAGUCCAAAGCGAUCCCCUAAAGAAAAUUUGUCCCCGGGAUUCAGUCAUCUACUUAGCAAAAAUGAAAGCAGUCCAGCUCGAUUUGAUAUACUUUUGGAUGAUUUAGAUACUGUUCCUGUGUCUGCGUUACAACGUACCAAUCCAAGAAAACAACUCCAGUUUCUUCCUCUAGAUGACUCGGAAGAAAAAAAAUAUUCAGAAACAGCCACCGACAUCCAUGUUAAUCAUAGCUCUUCUCCCGAACUGUUGCCAAACGGAGUGAAGAAAGUGUCUGUGAGAUCAGCCUGGGAGAAGAAUAAAUCAGUUAGCUAUGAACAGUGUAAGCCCACGUCAGUAGCACCACAUGGUAAUGAUUUUGAGUAUACAGCAAAAAUUAGGACCCUAGCUGAAACGGAACGGUUUUUUGAUGAACUUACAAAAGAAAAAGACCAGAUCGAGGCAGCGCUAAGUCGAAUGCCUUCUACUGGAGGACGAAUCACUUUGCAGACAAGAUUAAAUCAGGAAGCCUUGGAAGAUCGUUUGGAAAGGAUUAAUCGAGAACUGGGUUCAGUUCGAAUGACAUUAAAGAAAUUUCAUGUUUUGCGCACCUCUGCAAAUCUCUGAGAUUUGUAGCCAUUAAAUUUUGAGACAUUUUUGUUUGCACUAAUGUAUAAUUAUGCACUCAGAAAAGGCGAACUAUUUUGUACUGUUUAUAAGCCUUCAAAUAGUAGUUUUACAAUCAUGCUAUUCUUUACACUUGCUAUUUUAUACUUCAAAUGGCCACAUAUUUUCGAGAUAUUUUUGUUAUGCUCAGGAAUCUCUUGUAUAUUUUACUAUUUAAAAAGUCUUAUUUUUAAAUAGUAUAAGUCUCCAGUUUAUAUCAAUAGUAAGGAAAUGUAAACAGUGGAGGCAGCUUGUUUCUAAACAAAUAGUGUUAUCCUUUUACAAUGAACUUUGCACACUAAUUUUAUAUACUUGUUCUACAUUGUGAAUAUGAUUCUUUUUUUUUUUUAAUAAAUGCUUAAGAACAGCUUCCAUAAUGAUAGACAUGCUGAAUGCAAAAAGCAAAAGAAAAAUGCAGCAUUCCCUGGAUUUUAGUUGUGUUGAGAUUUAAAAAAAAAAAAAUUGCUAAUGCAAUUCCUAUUAGGAACAUGUCUUAGAGUGAAUGUUAGAAUAGUAGUAGUAGAAAUACUGGAAAUGAUGGAAUAUCGGAAAGCUUUGAAAACUAUGAACAACUCAUUUUGUUUCCCUUGAACUUUAUUAUUUGUAAGGAAAGAAAAAUGAGAGCUGUAAUACUCUAAUUCUUUAGUCAUAUAUGUACUGCUUUUCAGAAAACGUUAAACAAUUGGAGAGCUGUAGCUUUCUGCCCAUCAUUUUGAAUCUGUGACCCACUUGUGACAAUAAAUCGAUGGAUAAAACUUUGAUGAAAUACAGGCCGCCGCCCCACUGGAUCGUCAGAGCGGCCGUGCUUCUCAGUGCACAUGGCUUCAGUUGUCAGAGCCCUCACACAGACAUUUUUAACCCGUCUCCCCCUCCCCCCCCCCCAGCCCCGCCCGACUCCGGCCACAAACUACUCCCAUAGUAGGUGCUGUAAGGGCGCCAGGUUUAGAUCAGGGCAGCCCACCCUGCUAAUUCAUGGAUGGGGAACGUGUGUAGCUGGAGCCUUGGACCUUUCUUCUGGCCUUGCCGGAGGGCUCCAGCUCACCGCCUUGGCAGUCCCUCUUGGCUCUUGGCGGUGGCACGUGGGCAGGAGGCUGUGCUCUGAUCGGCGCUAGUGAGUCUGUGUUCUGACUGCUGGUCUGGUUUGGUGGCCAGUCAGAAUCCAGUGCCCACAUAUUGUGUAUGUGUUGAUAAAUAGAUUCAUUCUAAACUUUCCAAAUUGAUUCCCAUUAACAAUGCUCAGGUUUUAAAGUUUGGUGUUCUUUUGAGUCUUUUCUUCUUAUGUAACCUCUUAACAGCUUAUAGAUAUUAUAGUUAUGAGCCAAGCCAACCAUUACUCCACCAGGAUCUACGUAUGCCUUUGAGCUGGGUUCUCAAACUGUCUUUGAGCACCCUUCACCAAAGCUUACCUGGCUGAGCUCCAGGCCUGAUGCCCCAGCCGAGCACCCUUCUCAGCUUGGAGGGCGUCUCCGCAGGGAGCGAGGGGGUCUCCGCAGGGAGGGGCCGGCUGACCGAUGCCCCUCUUACUCCUAUCCGUGAAUCGAACCUUAGAUCCCAGCUCCUGCCACCAGUUGAACACCUCGAACUAGUCACAGUUAUUCAUCAACGGAAUAAGUGCCUUUAUUUGUGGUAUUUUUUUCCUAGCCUUUUUUUUUUUUUUAAGUCUCCGAGUUGUAGUAAAGAAAAAGUUAAUUUUAAUCAAGCUCCAGUACAGCUGUGUCAAAAUCCAGUUAAGGGAUUGACUUUACUGAUGGUAUUCCCUUUGUGUUCUAUACGUGAUAUUAAAAACUAACUUGAAAAUUAGGAUAUUCAUUGUUCCCUACUUUUAUCAUAAGUAAAGUCUACUACCUUCUUAAGAAUAGGAAAUUGCCAUUUCAGAAGAGAUUAUGGUUUUAUCUUGUGAAGGAGUUAUCUUAGUCUCUGUUGGCUUAUUCCAAGAAAGAUAUGAAAUACCUUCAAAAUCUCUUCUGUGCUCACUCUCAGAAAACGUACGCUUUUAUUCUUGAAAUGUAUAAUAGAUUGGAAGUAUCAGUCACUUAUUUAAAAAUUAAAAAAAUUUUUUUUCUUCUUUGUAGCUGUGAAGAGAACCAAGGAAAAUCCUUUCAGCCAUCUUUCCCUUUUUUGUGCUUAAUUUACCCAUGGGAACACUCAAAAACAAUUGAACCCCAAAGAUGGCAAUCUUAGAAAGCAGCUGUUGUUCCUGGGAGGUGAGCCACUUUGUUCCCGCAGGGGCUAAGCUGCAGUGUAGUAAGAACCCGAGUGGGAGUGCCUUUUUAAACGCAUACAGAGUUCUCUCUUUCACUUGGGUCUGCCCCCUACCUUUCCUUUCCAGAGUCCCGAGGCACAUUAGGUAUUCAGCUGACUCUACAGAGGUAGCUAACGUGGCUGUGGCCGUGCUGGGAGGGCACCGUGCUGGGACGGAAGGGACAGGGGAGCCAGGUAGACCUGGGUCACCACCAGGCUCAGGCCUGCCUGCCUCGGCAGCCAGCCCAGCGGCAGCGGAAGAUAAGAUGAAGUGAUAAGAAACUUCCUAACAAUUUAAAGAAGAUUAUGUAAAGUACCUGGUGCUUAGUCAGUUUUCAGUAAAAGUACAUUUCAGAUUCAUUCCUAGUUUAAAAGGUCUUUCAAUUUGAAGUAGUGAUUUAGCACUUUUUAAAUAGAAAAGUAGGUUGUGUCCCCAGCAAUUGACUUAAACAUUACCUUGGGUUGGUUGAUAUUUGUUAGGUGGUCUAAGGUGUUCUCUCCACCUUUUUGCAAAAAAAAAAAAAAAAAAAAAAAAAAAAAAAAAAAUUCUUGGAGUUUGAUCUUCUGGUAUAAGGUUCUUUUUUUUUUUUUUUUUUUUUUUUUAAGUGACAAAGCUGGUAACCUAUUGAGUGUAAGUUCAGAAGCAUCUUAAAUAGGUGAUUUGGGGGUUAUCUGAUAUAGGCGAUUUUUCUUAAAAAAAAAAGUGUUGGCAAUGUAACCAAAAUAAUUGCUCCUUGGAAUGUUCUGUAAUUAGACAUGUAAAUUAGGUGAUGGCCUGUGAAGCAGGACUACAUGAAGAAGUGCCUGCCACUAGAAGAUCCACAUGAAGGUUAUGAUUUUAGAGUUCGAUAAACAACCGAAACAUGUUCCCCUUUUUAACUCUAAAAAGCCAGGUGCUUUGCCGAAUGCUAUUUAAAUUUGAAUCCUGCACUUAACAUCUGUAGUAAAAUUAGACAUUUUUGUCAUUUUAAUUUUUAUCUCAAAAGCGGUUUUCACUACAUUUUAAAGUGCCACUUGUGCUGCGAGUCUUUCAGAAGCUUUAAAAACUAAGUGUGUACCUAGAGCCCUUUAAGAAUCAUACAGGUAAAUCCUACUUACCAGCCAUGAGUGAGCGUGUGUGGCCUAUGGUCAUGAGGUUUACAGGUCUGAUUCAACCAGUUCUAUUGCACAAACUUUGCAGGAAAUUAUUGUUGCCAAGAGUUCUGUGGCAGUUUGAUAAUAAACUACACCAGUAUUCUUAGGACCUGUGUUAUGAAGCUUUCUCCUUCUUAUGUGUGUUUUAUUUCAAUAGAUGCCUCUCAAAUAGGGGGAAUCAAGCCAUAAAUUUGCAUUUGCUGGACAUGAUACACCAUGUCAUUGCUGUGACUACAACCUUCAAAGAUAUUUAUCCACAAUUGCACUGUAACAGUGACCAAUAUAAUGUGAAAAACUUGCUUCCUCCAGUGCUGCUGAUGGUUGGGCAAAGACAAGUGCUUCUUGCCGCUGUUUUUAAAGCUAGGCAAGUACUGGAGUGGUGGAACUGUAAGCUCCAGGAGAGCCGGCGGCCAUCCUGUCUUCAUUCUUGCAUAUAGGCACUCAAUAAAUAUUUGUGGAUAUGAA